UGGCUUUCUGUGUUGUUUUCUCCGCAGAGCUAAGCUUCCUCCUCAACUCCAUCUGUGAUGCUGUGUCAACGUGUUCGCCAGUUUGGUCAGAAGCUAGUUCGCAGGCUGCCUCUGGAGCCAAGGGAGGGGACUGACAGCCGCCUGACCCGUUGUCUGAGCACCCUAGACCUGGUGGCCUUUGGUGUGGGCAGUACUCUGGGAGCAGGUGUGUACAUCCUGGCUGGUGAAGUGGCCAAGGACAAAGCUGGACCAGCGAUUAUCCUCUGCUUCUUGGUGGCUGCCCUGACUUCCAUGUUGUCUGGGCUCUGCUACGCGGAGUUUGGGGCCCGGGUACCGUGCUCCGGUUCUGCGUAUCUCUACAGCUACGUCACGGUGGGACAGCUGUGUGCCUUCACGACUGGGUGGACCCUCAUCCUCUCCUAUGUCAUUGGCAGUGCCAGUGUGGCCAGGGCCUGGAGCUCCGCCGUGGACAGCUUGACUGGGAACCGUAUCUCUCAGGUGCUGCAGGGAAGCUUCUCUCCGCAGGUGCCCCACCUGGCCAAGUACCUAGACUUUUUCUCGCUGGGCCUGGUGCUGCUGCUCACUGGUCUACUGGUUCUGGGAGCUAGGGAGUCAGCCCUGGUUACCAAGGUGUUCACGGGCCUGAACCUUUUGGUUCUCAGCUUCGUCAUCCUCUGUGGCUUCAUUAAGGGAGACAUGCACCACUGGCAGCUCACGGAACAGGACUACGAAUUGGCCAAGAAUGGAUCAAACGACACUUCUAGGUCAGGAGGCCAGUCUCACUUGGGCCCUCUGGGCUCUGGAGGGUUUGUGCCUUUUGGCUUUGAUGGGAUCCUCCGAGGAGCAGCCACGUGUUUCUAUGCCUUUGUUGGUUUUGACUGCAUCGCCACCACAGGGGAAGAAGCCCGCAACCCUCAGCGCUCCAUCCCCCUGGGCACCGUGAUCUCGCUCUUCAUCUGCUUCCUGGCGUACUUCGGGAUCUCCGCGGCGCUCACUCUCAUGGUGCCCUACUACCAGAUUCAUUCUGACAGCCCCUUGCCGCAGGCUUUUCUCUACGUUGGAUGGGCACCUGCCAGAUAUGUCGUGGCAGCCGGGACUCUCAGUGCUCUUUCAUCCAGGUCAGUGUCUAAAGGGUGUCCACCUUCUGGCAUCUCUGGGCCA